UGAAGCAGUUGUUGCAUUUUUAGACAAAAACAACUGUAAAUGUUUAUGUAUGACACUGAAGAGUUUUACUUAUUUAUGAUUCUCCAUAUCAGUUUUCAGUGAUUAUAUGAGAAAAGAGAAGAAGAGUGAAAAGUCAUGAAGAGAAGCAGAAAGCACCAAAAUACAAAGCAGUCAACAGCUCCACAGGAGAUGAAGCAGGAGCGAGAGCUGAGCCCCCCACCCAGCCCCCCAGCCCCUGGGUGCACCUGCAUCCCUAAAAUGUCCCUGUUUCGCAAAAGGGGAAGGAAGCAGGAGAGGCAGAAAGAGGAGGAGCAGCUCAAGCAGCUUCAGGCAGAGAGGAGAGAAACGGAGCUGACUAAGAAAGAAACAACCCAGAAGAGAAAGAAGGAGAGGCAGAGGAAGAAUAUGGAGCAGGAGAACGAUAAGGAGAUCAGGGAUCUGGAAGAGGCAGUGAGACUGCUUGAGGAGGAGAUUCAGGGAUUCAGAGAGAGAAAGAAAGAGCUGAAAAGAGAGCUGAAGACCCUGAAGAAGAAAAUAGCAGGAGUAGAGAUGGAGACUUCAAAAACCAGACAGACAAAGAAGGAAUGGAAGAGAGAGAUGGAAGCAAUGAAGGAGAGAAUCGUUCAGGAAGAAAAACAGAGGGAGGAAGAGAGGACGGGACAAAGGGAGGUCAUCUGUAAAGAAAUUGUCAUUACCGUAGUGAAGGCAGACAGAGAAAUGGAAGAAAAGAAAGAAAAGCGUGAUGAUAGGAAGAUGGCUACAGUCAGUGAGAAGCAGGAAGUGAUAAAGGAGAGGAAGAGUGAGGAAGAGCUGCUUGAGGAAAUGGAGAAGCAGAGAGAGGAGGAACAGCUGAAAGAGAGGAGAGAGAGUCAGGAGGCAGUAGAAAACGGAAAAGAAGUUACGAUCGAGAUGGAGAACCUUCAGAUGGAGCCCGCAGCACCCAGCACAUCUAGGAAGUAUGUGGUGCAGAGAGUGCUGUCCAGUGUUCUGUCCAGUAUUCACUCUGGAGUUCAGUCCAUCAUGGAGUUCCGAAAAAAAUUCUCAGUUCAGGCUGUUCAAGAUAAGGAAGAAGAGCCUAAGGACAAGUCCCCACGUCGUCCAUUGGUGGCACUCGGAGCUCCGACUGGGGUCCUGACUAUACGCAUAAGAGGCUGCAGAGACUUCAAGAAAAACACUCAAAUACAGAAAGACACUCAGUGUAUGGUGAGGAUCACUGUUGGGAGAAUCGUGAAGUGCUCCAGGCCGCAGCCCUUCAAAGACAACCUAACUUUCAAUGAAGUGAAACACUUCUCCAUACAGAUCCAAAAAGAAGAGGCUCUAGGGGUCCAGGAGUCCAGUUCAGUAAAGGUGGAUCUGAUCUCUUUUGAUGGAGAUUCAGCUGUCCCCAAACUCAUGGGCAGCACCACCAUCAAGCUGCAGGAAGUCCUUUAUCAGAAAUCAUCAGUUAGCCAGCAGAUUGAUUUGAGGCUUGGAGGCAAAAAAGUGUGCAAGUUGGAUGCAGACCUGACCUUUACAUAUGGGUCCUUUGGCUAUGGAUACUCUCACCAGAUGAAACAUCCUGGAAGGACAAUGGAGAAACUGGUGGAGGAGUCCCUCUUUCUCCGCUGCCCACCUCCUGAGGACAGAAGAGAUCCACACUAUAAUGUGACGACCCCUUGCGGACCAUCCUCAGUGAACAUAAUGUCCUCUCUGAUGCAGCGAGACGCACAGAGAGACACAGAGUGCAGGAUAUCUGCUGGCAUAAUGAACUGCAUGGAGAGGAGAGGCAGGUCAGUGUCGAGCUUCAUUAAGGCCUAAGCUGCGACUAGCAUGAAGAAGCCACACAAUGAACUUGGUCUAGGCCAGGGCAAAUUAUAUAGUGAUUCUGUGCAGUAAUUCAUACCACAUAAAAGUAGAGCUGCAGCAACAUCUGUUUUUAUAAACUAAUCAGCUCAUUAUGACUUUCAUUAGUUAGUCACUCAUUGAAAGAAAAAAAUGCAGUUAUUAGACUCCCAAUAAAUUAAUAUUUCACAAUAUUAUAAACAAUAUUUUACUUAUUAAAAAUACAAGGAUUAUUUCUUACCAUAUAGUUUAAAUCAUAUUUUAAAAAAAAACAGACCUUUAUCAAGGGCACAGCAACAGAUCUGCAUUGGCCUCCAAAACUUUGCUCAGUGUGAAUAUGGCAGAAAGGGUAGUGGAAUAGCACAUAAACAAAUAUUAAAUGGCAGUACAAUCACUCUGGAGGCAGGUUGAUUUUACACGAACCUUGCAUUGCUGUUUAAAUGAUUUAUCCUCUAAUGGUAAAGCAAAAAUAAAUGAAAUAGGUCUGGGUGGUUGGUAACAUUAUAUAAUGAAAUCUGAUAUCGCUAACCACACAGAAACAGUUCGGUCAUCAUCUAUGAUAUUCUAUAUACAAUUUCUAACC